AUGGGCUGUGCAGCAAGUAAGCGUGUGGAAAAUGCAGAAAAAGAUACUUCACAAAAAGAUAAUAAAGGCGAAAACGAAGGAUGUGACCGGAACCCUCCCACUUUGAUAUGCAGCCACCGGCAAGACGUCGAACGGCCAGUUGUGCCGGUGGCCGAAGACGAAAAUGGCAACAACUUGAACACUUUUGCUAAAAUUAACGAUCAAGCUAUUUUGGAGCAAAGUAAUCCAGUCACUUUAACCAAUUUGGAUAAAACUACCGAAAUAGGUCAUGAAAACGAUGGCGUUUCGCAGAAUUUGACAAAUAUGGAUUUGAACGGUGAAACAGUUUUAAGUAGCGGAGCUGAUAAAAUUCUUAUUUUACAUUUCAAUGAUGUGUACAAUAUCGAGCCACGAGAAAAAGAGCCAGUCGGUGGAGCAGCAAGGUUUGCUUCAAAAAUAGCAACUUUUCAAUCAAGAAAUCCUCUUGUACUGUUUAGUGGAGAUGCUUUGAAUCCAUCAAUGAGUGAGUAAUUAAUAAUAUUGUUAAUAAGUUAAAUAUAAAAUAUAAAUUCAAGAUUAUAAUUAUAUAUUGUCUUUUUGCAUCAUUGUUCGUCUGUAUAGAUGAAUAUGUAGAUAGUUCAUCUUGACGGAUGAUAUAUAAAUUUGUUGUGUUUAUGCCAGGCGAGCCUGACUGGAAAGUUUGGAAAUUGAGCAACUGAGAUUUCAAAAAUUUACAUGUAAUGGUAUUUUAAAAUAUAUAGAAAGCAUCAAAAUUCCCGAUAUCUCGGUUGCACGAUACAAACUUUCCACACUGGAAGGCAGAUUAUCAAACAAAAUAUCUUUUCGGUAUUAGUACUGAUCUUAAUUUGUUCAUCCAUUCACUUGUAGACCUAAUCCUACCAUAAAUCUGUCAAUCAAUUUUUUCCCAUUGGUUGGUGGGUUAUUCAGUUUAAUCAACCAAUAAAAUCAAUUAAUUCUUGGGUUUCAUAUGACGUCACAAAUGUGACGGGGGGUCAACUCUAAAACAAAACACAGUUAUCAGAAUGAGUCGAUUGCUUGUUUUAUGUAUUAGCCUUAUGUUUGGUGACAAAUACAAUUAAUACAUGGAAUUUCGUAUCAUUUUCUCACUCCAGUACAGCACAAGCAUCAAUACAUUUGAGGUUAACCCCCCCCCCCAUCAGAUUCACUGCAUAAUGCCAUAGUGAAACCCAAGAAUAGUCAUUAAAUUUUUAAAUACUUAAAAUGGUUUUGUUAUUCUUAAGUGAGCAGUAUCACAAAAGGAGAACAAAUGUUACCAGUUUUAAACUGUCUUGGGAUUAAAGCGGCAGUGUAUGGGAACCAUGACUUUGGUAUGUAAUGAGUAACUUGAAUUUAUUUGAGUAAAAUUAUCUAAGCUUUUUCAUAAUACAUGUACUAUAAUUUGUAAUGAAAGGUAAACAGUUGCAGGUUGUUGAAUCCAUUGUCUUUUCUAAAAUGAAACAUUAACAGGAUACAUGCUCAGAUAGUCUCAUUAACCCAUUGAGUGGCAGCACUUUCCUCUUGACAAGUGAAAUUGUCUGGUGUUAGACAGAGUAAAACAGUAUUGCCACAUAAAGGGUUAUUAAUGUUUGUCAAGAUCAUUCUGAUGGGUUAUAAUUUGACUAGCCAACCUUGUUUAUCCAGUCUUAUAACAAUUAGAAAGAUGAGAAUAGAAAGUUUAGGUAAUUUAUAAGAAUAGACAAUCUAGUUGUUAUCCAGGCAUGGAUUUUCUGGGUGUGUGUGUGUGCGGGGGGAGGGGGGUGCGCACCCCCCAGAAAUGAUUGGCACACCCCCCCCCCCCAGAGGCAUUUGGCACCACCCCAAAAGUUUUUGCACCCCCGCAAAUUAUAUAUAUUUUGAUUUGAUAGUUUCAUAUUUGAUUAUUAUUACUACCAGGCCUCGAAUUUCCCUGAAAUCAAUCGACGGCAAUGGUGCUAAAAAUUGCCGUAGAACGUAACAGCUGUCUACGGCAAUUUUGGCAGUUUCCACGGCAUUUUCAAAUUACUGUAAAAACUUUAAUGUUAUUGUUACUUUGGUUAGAAACAACCUAGAAACAUGUCUACGUAUUUCUUCGAAGAAAACUGAGACUAAAACGCAUUAUUUGAUCAACAUCUGAAUUCAAGUAUCAAAAAUUCAAAAUAGUAAUGCACAGUGAAUAGUAUAAAAAUUGCACUAUACGGCAAAAAAUUGCCGUCGUUGCUGCAAUGAUCCACAGCAUUUUGUUCUCCCUCUACGGCAAUUGCCGCGAUAAAAUUCGAGCCCUGCUUACUACUAAAUCUGUAAAAUUACCAAUAUUAUGGUCUCAGAUCUCGCCAUGCAGGCAUAGAAAACAAAUUUUGUUAAACUUUUUCCUUGGCCUUUCCGGGUGUUGCCACCAUGCCCCUGCCAAAGCAAGCAGCAGCACCCCCCAGAUAUUUAUCCACCCCCCGAACGAAAAUAUGAAAAUCCGUCUCUGUUGUUAUCUUAUUCAGUAUUCAUCCUUAGGUACAAACAACAGUGUGUGACAGAUUGUGACUACAGUAUUUUAAUUGAUUAUUGAUACAGAUUUUGGUGUUGAUGAGUUAGUCGACUUUGCAAAUGAAAGCAACUUCCCUUGGCUGAUGAGCAAUGUUUUUGAUAAGCAUACAAAACGACCACUGGCCGAGGGCAGGGUGUCCUUGACACUGGAGUGGAAUGGACAUAAGGUUAUGGUCAAAACAAAUGUGGUUCUGUUAUGCUUUAUAAUAAUUGAUUUAAUAUUAUUUAAAUAAUCAAUUAUCAUUAAUAAUUUUUAUUAUUAAUUUUAAUAAUUAUUAAAUUUAAUAGUCGGUUAAAUAUUAACAGAUUGGAUUGAUUGGAUUGGUUGAAAGAGAAUGGCUUGUUACCUUAGCAACUGUUGCGAUAGAUGAAGUGGACUACCUGGAUUUUAUAACCGAAGGUCGGAGGUUGUGUUCCCAACUAAGACAGGAGGUAAAGGACCUACCGACUGGCUAGCUGGUUGAACAACUCGCCAAUUUUAAGACAAUUGAUUGACCUACUGAUUGGCAGACUGGACCCCCUAAUAAUUUCUGAAAGUCUUUGAAUGAAAGCUGAAUAACUGUGUAACAAAGCUGUAACAAUGAAAGCAUUGAUGGGAUAUGAACUAUAAAGCCAUAUAUUGCAUGAAAUUUGAAGCAAAAAAGGUUUUUGUGUGUUUUGGGGGUCUAAAGGCCUUGAACAAUACUCUGGUAAGUUAAAGGACAAAGAUUUCCAGUUAGAGAAGGUGAUCAUAUUUUGGCAACCUGAUUGCCCCCCCCCCCCUCUCAUAUUUCGAAAACUGUCCACCAUUCCUGCUGGCUGACCGACUGACAAACCAAUCAACCAACUGAAACAGACUGUGCACAUUCAAAUCUUUCAGUUUAAAAUACACUUAACUAUAUACUUGUUCUACCUUAGGGCUGUGAUUUUAUAAUUGCUCUAACUCACAUGAGAGAGCCAAAUGAUAUAAAGUUAGCAGAGAAUGUUUCUGAGAUUGACUUGAUACUUGGAGGACAUGAUCAUCAUUAUGAAAUACGUGAGGUAUUGUGAAAGGAAGCUAAUUGCACUAUUUGCCCCCCUGGGGCCCUUGCUGUUAUUUUCACCCCAUUUCCCUCUUGGAAGAGGAGUAGAUGUCAGGCAGAUGUAACUAGAGGUAAAGUUAUGUCUUCAAGAGAGCUAGCCUGCUCCUGCGAACAGGCUACAAGAGAACUGAAGCUACACUUUUUCGUCAGUAGGGAUGCAACUACCUGAAGAAUAUAAGGAGACAUUUCGAUGUUUCGAGCGAAGGCCCAAAGUUCUAGACUGUUUUACCUAUAGAGCUCCAGCAUGGACCAUUCCAUGGUAACCUGCUCGCAGCCCCCACCCAAAAAUUUGAAACGGAAAGUUUUCCUUUAAACGAAAUUUCGGGCUGCGAGCAGGCUAUUCCAUAGUGGUUCAGUGUUACUACAGGAGGAACCACAGUACCCAGAGAAAACUUUUUUCUACAGUGGUCUAAGCAUUCUUCUCGCAUAUGACUGUGCCAAGAUUAUGUUCAGACAACAGCAUAUUACAAGAAUCAAUCUGCAGACGUAAUUAGGAACUUCCACUGACUACACGCAUAAAAACGCUGAGUCCGCUGUUUAACAGGAUUGAACAAUGUUUUGCUGCCCACGCUGUUCACAUUUGUCAACAAUAUUGAACAAUAUAAUUGAGCCUGAAUCGGGUGUAACUAUAUUGUUCAAUGUUGUUGACAACUGUGAACAAUGUGGGCAGCAAAACAUUGUUCAAUCCUGUUUUCAUCAACAUUGCAACAACCUGAUCGUUUUUAGCCGUGUACUAGCUGUGCCAUCACAAUACAUGCAAGCAAUUUUUAAGCAGUUUCGCUUGUGUUUCUAUUUACAGGUUAAAGGGACAAAAAUAUUUAAGAGUGGAACAGAUUUUAGAAAUUUUAGCGAGAUUGAAGUAGUUUUUUCCUCAAAUGACGAUUCCUAUGAAAUACAAUCUAAGAAACAUGAAAUAACAAAAGAUGUUCCAGAAAAUCCAGAAAUAAAAGUCGUUGUGGAUAAGUAUUUAGGUAUACUCUUCUUAUAAUAACUCUCACACAAUCCAGUUGUUAUAGAGAAAUUUAUCGCGAACUUUGGAUUAUUAAUUAUAUGAACACAGUCUCAAGACAAGGAUAUCUUUUGUGUUUUGCUCAUGAUUUUUUAAUGAAUUUGUAAUAAUGAGUUUUGGAAAUAUAUUGUUUCUUCUACAGAUAUAGUUAAAGAGAAAAUGGAAGGCGUACUUGGAAAUAUUGAAGUAGAACUCGAUGGUCGUUUUGGAAAAAUUAGAACUCAGGAAACUAACCUAGGUAAAUUAAAUUGCUGGUUGGUGUAGGUUUAAGCCAAACACCUUAUGCACUUAAUGAUUUUUUACUUGUUUUCAGGUAAUCUAAUCGCGGAUAUAACUCGUAAUGUCACUCAGGCUGAUGUGAGUUUGGUUAACUCCGGUACUCUGAGAUCCGAUACGAUACAUUCCCCAGGAGAAUUUAAAAUGAAAGUAAGUAUGAUCUGGCAAAUAUCUCAGGCACAGCAGCAGAUGCAGUCCUAUAUGGCUUGUAUGAUAAACUGAUACAGCGCAAGAGUGAAGAUAGAGGCACAGAAUAGAGACCAUACAGAAGCCCAACUUCUUGGUUUUUCCUAUGAUUUUGGCGUAACCGUAAUUCGUCAUCAAAAUACUGACGCCAUGAUCCUAGCCAGUGCACUUAUGAGAGGCAUUCACCCCCCUGAUAAUAUUGAAAAUGGCGGACGUCCAGGGGGGGGUACCUCUCAUAAGCGCACUGGCUAGGACCAUGACGUCAGUAGCCUGCUGUGGGGGCUGCUGAGCAGGCUAUGGCGUCAGCAUUUUGUGUCUUUAUUCUAUGAUAGAGAGUAAUAAUUAUCGGUUCUUGCAUCAGAGAGCUGAAUUGGGAAGGAAGUACAUGUAGCUCAAACAUGACAUAGUUGAAGCAAGGCCGGAUUUUGGUGGAAAUAGUGGGGGAGGUGGAAAAAUUAGGGGAGGUGCAGCGGUCUAGCUCACGACCCCCGUGGAAAGUUGACGUAUGCGUAUAGUGUACAUAUCAUUAUGUGAUCAGUGUAUUAAUGAAUUAUGACUGUACAACUCUGAUGAAUUAUGAAUGUACAAAGUUUCUUUCAAAACAUUACACAGAGAUGAAUGGCUAUCACUGUUUCAAUUUUACAGAAAAACUUUUCUUACGAAGUGUAGACCCUAAGCAACCAAAAAAUGUCAAAUUUUCACUUUGAUCUAUCAUUGAAACUUUCCCAAGGGGAGGUGCAUGACUUUUCAGGGGAGGUGCAAAAAUUCUCAGGGGAGGUGCAAAACGACCUCAGGGGAGGUGUGCACCUCCUCACACCUCCCCUCAAAAUCCGGCAAUGAGUUGAAGGUUUACUAGCCGACGCCUCUGGCUGCCACCACACAAACCGUGGAAGAGUUAGUUUUUGGCAUUUUGUUGAGCAAGGAGAAUCAGAGUGCCGGGAGAAAGCUGUCGAAGCACAAGAGAGAAUCAACCACAACUCUAUUUAAGCACAUCUAGUCAGAACACGGUUGAAUUCUUUUCAAUUAUGUUUUUUAUUCAGGAUUUGGUCAGCAUUCUUCCUAUGCCUGAUGCUGUGGUUGUUCUUAGGAUUACAGGUACUGUACAUCAUAGUUAAUAGAGGAGAUGGUUUGGAAACUUAUUAGCAUUACAAUAAACCUCACUAUCUAUGUUUUUGUUCAGGUUUAUGCAAAAAUGUGGUCUUUCAUCGUCACGUGCGUAUUGUAUUUUUGCUCAACCAGCCAAUAGCAACGGUUUUGUCCAAUUGCCCAUCCAUGACUUUAACAAUAGGACAUUUUGAACAUUCUUAUUGGUUGACUUGAGAAAAAUACAAUACGCACGUGACGAUGAAAGACCACAUUUUUGCAUAAACCUGAACAACAUAGAUAAUGAGGUUUAUUGUGAUUUUAUUGUAAUGCUAACGAGUUUCCAAACCAUCUCCUCUAUUAACUAUGUGUACAUACUGUAGAUUAACUUACUAUAUACUAGCUUUUACACAGAUUGUCAUUUUGAAAUUGAAAAGAGAACCUAAAUUUGACUACCGCUGCACAACCAGCAUUCGAUUUGUGAAAGAUUAUUUGAGUGCUAGUUACGUUGUGUUGUUGAUGAAUUUCACUAAGCACGUACUAUCGUGCAGCUGAUGGUGGUCAACCUGCAAUUAUCAGAGUGAGAAGAUAAUGUUCAUUCUUUUCCUUAUUCAGGAGCUCAACUGUUAAUCGCUCUCAACAAUGGUGUUAGCCAAUGGCCAAGACUCGAAGGCCGGUUCCCUCAGGUACAUUUUUGUUUAGCAAAAAUAUUUUUCAUCCACUACACCGCGUGCAUCUACCUCGGAAAAUUGGUUUUACCACAAAUUCUUCAUUUAUAGCUAGUUAAACCAUUUAAUCAUACAAAGAACAUUGUUCCGUACUGUAACCCAUUUAGGUGUCUGGUGUGACUUUCGCCUUCGAUCCUGAUAUGGAUCCUGAUCAGCGGGUUAUCGAAAAGAGCGUAAAAGUUGGAGGGAAAAAAUUAGAAUUGGAACGGGUUAGUAAAUGACUAUUUGUUUCUGUCAGUCAGAGUUUAGUACUUUCUAUGCCAAUACCCUCAGUUUAGAACUUGUAAUGAAAUGAAACGAAUUAUAUAGCUAACGCAUGUCUACAGUAUAUAGAAAUAUUAUAUCGAUAUACAAAAUGUAAAAUUAUUAUAAAACUCUGGACCGUAAAUCACACAGUUAAUGAUUUGUCUUAUUCACGUGAGUACAUUACACCAACAUAGCAAAUAUCAUGAUUAUUAGAUUACACUGAUAUCGAAGGAACUAGACUUAGUUCCGAAAUAUUACAUACUCGAACCGACCUGACCGCGUAGCUCAGUUGGCAGAGCAUUGGGCUAGUAUUCCAAAGGUCGUAGGUUCGAUCCCCACCGUGGCCAGGCAUAUUUUUCAAGCUUGCCCGGUGUGGAUAUACACUCAGAGUAACAUCACUAGCAUCUUAUUCACCUGAGUACAUUACACCAACACAGCAAAUAUCAUGAUUUGUUUUUAUUGUUUAUAGAAGUACAAACUUUGUACUAAAGGUUAUAUAAGUCACGGUAAAGAUGGCUAUGAUGUUUUUAAAGAUUGUGAAGUAUUGGUAAACGAGGAAGAAGGCUCUAUUUUACCAACAAUAGUUCGAAAUCAUUUUGUUUCGUGCAAUAUUGUCAAGGGUUUGCAGAUGUGUCGUUCUGGUCACAGGCAGUCGAUUACAUGGUGAGUAUUAAAAUUUUACUCUUUAAAAUUGUUAUAUUCUUUAUGGGUCUUUAUUGUGUCUGAACUAACUGUUGACAAUGGCUUGUUGACAACUUGCUACAAGGUUGCUGAUCUCAACUAGAGUGGAUCGAUAUCGCAAAUACCGAUAUACCGCCAUCAUGCAGAAUACCGGUAAAUACCGGUAUUUUUAACAUGUUUUUUUAAGCCAAAGUGAACUGCUGACCGUCGAGAAAAAUCAAGUUUUGACAAAAUAUUAAUGUGGCACACACUGUUAUUAGUGCAAAUGUCACAAGAUUCGCAUUAUCAAGCUAUGUUAACGGCGCUAUAAGCGGCAAUUAUUAGUACGCCGUUGAUUGGGCGUCGAAGUUGAAUCUGUGAGUAUUAACUUUGCUUUCUAAACGUGAUUGUAAGCAAGUUUGACUUAAAUAGCAUUUCAAUUCGGUAUUAGGCAGCAAAAUACAGAAAUGUCGGUAUAUCCGUACUUUUAAAUUGUCAAUAUCGCCAAACCGGUAUCUAAACAAAUACCGGGUAUAUCCGGUAUAUCGAUCCACUCUAAUCUCAACAGACUUGUUACAAGUUGUCCCAACAACUUGUUAUCGUCCUGCAAUUCAACAACUUCUAAAGAACAACUUGAUAGAAUAACAGCAUUGUUACAACUUGUUGACAAGUUUGCUACAAGCUUGUUGCGAAAACAUCUUGUUGACAAGUUGUUGACCACGUAUUUCCAGUCCGCGGUUUUACAUCUCGAAUUCACAAAUGAAGUAAGAGAAAUUUAAGUUUAAAGUUGACGAAAUUCUGUGCUAUUUGAGAUCACAUAUUCAGUUCCGUCACAGCCGUGAUUUCCUUGUUUGCCUCUCAUGAAUUAUUCAUUAUUCCGAUUGUGGAAAACCACCACGUCUUAACAUGUCAUAAACGUUUUCAUAAUGCUAAUUUUUUGUGUAUUCAAAUUUCUAUAUAGUUUAGAACCAGGCUCUCUGCAUGAAGAACUUGCCGUCAUAGAGAGACGCCACUGUACCAUCUCACCCAAGGUUUGUUGAACUUGAAAUUCAAGCAUAACUUGCCUUAUUUUUCACCCUGCUCGGUUUCCUUUGUUCUUGUCGGGGAAUAUAUUCAAUAUUCCCCUCUAAUCAAUUUCCGUUUAAUAAUCCCCUCUAAUAUUCACCUGUAAUGUCUUCCCAGCACAAAAAAUGAGAAAAAACAACAUAACGAAGGCAAUAUGGCAUUAAGAAUUAUUUCUAUUCUGACUCAUUAACGCGACCUCGCAAUGUGAAAAAUAAGUACGUUAUUUUGAGGCACCUCGGGGAUAUGUGUUUAUUCACCUAUCCCCUCGUAGCCUCAAAAUAACCUAUACAAAUUAACACAUUUAUGAAAUGUACCAUAAUACUAUGUUUUAUAAAGUUCAUCAGAAAACACUGUCUGUUAUUUUGUGCACAUUUAUGUAUUUGAUAGGAGGCAUGAGUUACAUUGGCAGAUAGUCUGAUUAACCCAUUGAGUGGCUACACUCUCCCCUUGACGAGUAAAAUCGUUUGGCAUUAGACAGAGUAGAAUAUAAUAUGGCAGGGCGCAUCAUAGCGCAUUGCCAUUGAGCAGGAUUCAUUGGUACAUGUCUGAUUAAAGGGGAAGUCAAGUCCGUAAUGUAAACAAACGGUUUGUUUACAUUUUGAACUGCUGUAUUUUUUUAAAAUAUGAUAUACUGUCUGAAUAUAAACUAACACUAUUUUGGUUCGCUACGCUUCUAAAUGAAUAUGAAAUAGAGUUUAUGUUCAGAAAAAUUCGAAACAUUCGAAAUUUGGGCAAUGUUCACAUUAGAGGUCCUCACAUUGUUAUGAGCAGAACCGAUGCGCAGAACGGACUUGACUUCCCCUUUAAUUUUAUUAAUGUUUCAUUUGUCAGGUCGAAGGAAGAAUUAGAGUGGUUUAUCAGCAAAGAACAGAAGAGAACGGUACCUGA